AGACAUAGUAUAAUAUUGUAUCAUUUAAUUGUGUGAGUAGCUAGAUUUUAGCUAAAUACUCAACAUUAAAACUGGUUGUUGUGGGUACCUAUUCAUUAUUUUCUAUCAAUUACAUUGAGCAUGUUACUCUUGGAAAGGAAUUAUCCUUUUUUUAUUGUACCUAUGAGUGGUAGUUUUCGCUUGGUUUUGUUUGUGUUAUUAACUUAUUCGAUAAGAUGGGACAUCAUCGGUUGACGUUAUUUAUUAUUGUUCGUGGAAUUUUUUAUUUGUCAGGAUAGUAUCGGUAGGAACGGGUUAAUUUUUUGACUUGGCUUAGCGACCGAUCAUAAAUCUAACAACAGGACGUAAUCAUAAUGACAAAAAUAUCUCCAUAUGAUUAUGACUAAAGAAAUAUUUGAAGGAUUUAAAAAAACUCCUGUAUAUAUAAAGGGUGUAUGUAGUACGUAUCAACACUUUGUAAUACAUUUUUAUUUGAUCAUUAAAUAUUUGAAUUUUUAAACGUGCUAUAAGCCGCAAAUAGCUGUUGAAUGUCCUUACAACUCCCAUGGCAUUUAAAAAUUGAUUCAAAAUACGUUUCAACUAAUUUAGAAUUAUAGUACGAUAUGAAUAGCAUCAUUAGUUUGUUGUUACAGUUGUGGUCAAAAUGCUAUAAAAUGACACAUAAAAUAGUAAAUAUCGUUUAUUUUGUGCAAUACAUUAUAUUUGUAUAUAAGUAUAUUACAGUCCAUUAAAGUGAAAUGAACUAAAUUUUUACCAUCUUAUAAAUAAAAAUUAUUAAUCGAGUACCGAUGUUCGUGUGUGCGCUUAGUCAUUGCAUAUUUACUUGUAACAAUUAAUUUCUCACAUACUUCAAUAGGAUCAAAGAAACAAGGUGCUAUAUAGAUCGAUGAUAUUAAUAGCUCAUCAAUAUCAAUGUAGUGUGAUGAAAUUAUAAUGAGUUCUUGGUAUAUAGAAUAUGUAUGUGACUUGUACAAUCAUAUUAGCAAUAAGUAUCUCUAUAUCGCGUUUUUCAAACAUCGUUGUUGAUCAAACUUUAAUCAGCUUUGAAUUAAACUUUAAGAAGCUAGUUUGAUUAAACUUAAUUAUCCCUUUUUCUUGGGACAUAUUUUCCGCAGACGUAACUUACGCUUAUCGACUAAUGCAUACUAAUUUAAAUGUCGAUAGUGAUUAAAAAACAAUACGAUAGGGAUACUUCUUUGCUUAUGCAAUAUAUCUAAAAGAAAAAUUCAAUUUACAUAAAACAAACCUCACCUAUACCGUGCCUAUUAAAUUAUUGAGGAUUUUGUGUAACGUUUGGAUUGAUGUCGUAGUGUUUCUAACUCAAAACAUGUUGAAUGAUUUGACUCUAUGUAAAAACAACUAGAGUUUUUAUUGUUAUUUUUAUUAUCUUCUGCACUAUGUAUAUUUGAGUUUUAAUCCGUCAUUAGUGUAGAACUCCUUUUUAUUUUGUAAUGGAACCGAUUUACUUUACAGCUUUUUUAUGCCUGUUUUUAUUGAUUCUAUUGAAUUUAAUUUUUGUGUCUGCAUUGAUUGAAUAAAGUACUUAAAAUAAAAGUUAUAUUGCCAUGACUUUAAUUUUGCCAAGCGUUUGUUUAUAUUUACCUCUAAUCAGUUAAGUACACACUAAUAAUUGAUACGGGUUGGAUACUACAUACGUACCCAAUAUACCUACCGUCUAUGUACUUACAAUAUAAAUGGCAGAGUGGAUAAGUAUACUAAAUUUACAGCUUAAUUUUUACUUAAUAAGUGACCCACACCAUGUUAUACGAGUAUCGUCUCAGAAAUAAAGAUAUUAUAAACUUAGGUACACUCGCACACACAAGGACCUUUCUGAAAAACUUCAUAUAAUGAUUAGAAAGCCAGCUAUAUAUAUAGUUUCCGCCCGCAUCAAAUUAAAUAAAGAUAAUCAAGACGUGGUAUUUUCCUAUUAUUCAUAUGCUCUUCCACAAACAUGCCGAUAAUUUAGUUGAUUAAUUUAACAUAGGUUUUUAUGCAUUGAGUUGUAUGUUCCCUAUAUGUGUAUUAUCUAAUGAUGGUAAUAAAGAAUAUUGGCCCGUAGCAGCGGUUACUGUUGCAGUAGUCAGUACGAAUAUGAGCCGCGUAUCUAUAUAGUAUGUACGGUAAUCACUUUGGUUACCUAUAACUGAGCUGUUAUUAAUUAAAAAAAUAUUUCUUGGCAUAAUCUAUGCAAAAAUAUGCUAAUAAAGUCAUUGUCAUAAUUUUAGCAACAUUAGGCUCAAGACUUAAUUAUAUUAAUAUACAAUUAUUACCAGUUCGAAAUUGUUGUGUUAGCAGAAACUUAUUUUUAAAUAAGAAUUAGUGGCUAUUUUAUUAAAAUGGAAUAUCGAAAAUGGACCCACAACGAAAGAAAGAGGCUGGGCCAGUAGCACCAAGCAGUGUUAAAGCAGCACGAAAGAGUUUUGCUGUUACAAAUACUUAUGUAAAAAAUGUUACACCUCAGAAGGAAAUUAUCACAGUUCAUACUAGUUCACCGCAAAUUGAACAUAGAUCAUUUCACAGUGAACAAAACCAAAUAUACCAAGGUGAUGUGAAUGUACUUUCUAUAAUCGAUACAAAUAAGGAUAUUGUGUGCUGCAAAUAUACUGAAGACACAAAAGAUAUCGCAACUGGUUUUAUUGACGGAACGGUCAGGUUAUUUGAUUGCAAUACUGGAAACUGCACACACACACUUGUAGACGAUGAAUGUCGUGCAUAUCCUGGCCCAGUCACGGCGAUCAAACAUAGACCCGUUAGUAAGGCGCAUCCUAUCACGAACAUGCUAUUGUCAUCUUAUGUUAACGGUUGCAUAAAAUGUUGGAAGUAUAAAUACGAUCAAUGUAUUUAUACCAUACGAGAGAAGCGCCAGACUUUAGGUUUAUGUUACCAUCCACGAUUUAGUAAGUUUGUUACGUAUGGAGAUGAUGCAAAACUUAAUAUGUACGAUGAAGAAGCACAAACGCAGGAAAGAACAUUCUAUUCAAGUCAACGAAAAAAUAUAAUUGAUGGGCAUACGUCUAGAAUUUUCGCAUGUGCAUUUAAUCCUAAGUCGCACCACGAGCUCAUAUCAGGCGGCUGGGAUGACACGGUGAUUUGCUGGGACGAUCGUCAACCCUUCGCGACCAAACAUUUCCUCGGAGUUCACAUGUGUGGUGAAGGUCUGGACUUCGAUAAACCUGGGAAGCAGAUUCUUACCUGCUCGUGGCAAGAAAGAGACACAAUUCAAAUUUGGGAUUACGGCUCUUGUAAACUAAUAGAAACUAUCGUUCCCGACACCCACCAAUCGAAGCUGUAUUGUGGAAAGUUGGUUCCUCAAACCAACUUGGCUGUAUGUGGUGGUUCCGAUUCGAACACGUUGCGAGUUGUUGACAUUAAUAUGAAGAUUACGGAAUGCUCAAUUAGAAACAAUCCAGGUGCAAUAUAUGCCUUUGAUUUCGGAACAGUAAGAAGGAAAAUGAGUAAAGUUCCCGAUACAUAUAAGAAAAUAAGCGAAAUUCAAAACAUACCUAGGGUAGCAUUCGUCACUGGCAAAAGAUUACAGAUUGUAGAUUUUGGAUAACUGUCGGAAAUCUCACAAAAAAAGAUUCAUAAAGUUGCACAUCAUUUAUAUCAAUUUUUACAUUUUCUCUACAAACAAACAGAAUAUUACGUUUAAUAUACAAUUUUAUGUGACAGACACAAUA